CGAUGCCGUGAUUGAUGGUGAACUUACCAAAGUCUCACUGGCUGAUUACGAGGGCAAAUACGUAGUCUUGAUGUUUGUGCCGUUGGCCUUCACCUUUGUCUGCCCCACGGAGGUCCUGGCCUUUGAGCGUGCCAUCGACCAGUUCAAGGCUCACAACACCCAGCUGCUGAUCGUGACCGUUGACUCGGUCUACACCCUCAAAGUCUGGACGCAGACGCCCACCAAUGAGGGUGGCCUCGGCGCUGUGAGCAUGCCACUCGUCUCCGACUUGACACACUCCAUCUCUGCCGACUACGGCGUGCUCCUCCGCGACGCUGGCCAUAGCCUCCGUGGUUUGUUUAUCAUUGACGACAAGGGCAUUCUUCGACAGUCCACCGUGAAUGACCUCCCGGUUGGUCGCUCGGUCGAAGAAACUCUGCGCCUUGUCAAGGCCUUCCAACACACAGACGAACACGGCGUUGUGUGCCCCGCCAACUGGCAGCCCGGAGAUGACACGAUUAUCCCCACCCCCGACGACAAGCUGGAUUACUUCAAGCGCCACUAAACCACAGCCGCUCAUCUGCUGUCCGCCGGCACAAGGUGCCCGUGUCUCAGUCGGUGGUUUCGUCACCUGGACAACAACACUCAAGCCUGCCUUUCAAUUCAAUUCAAUUCAAUUCAG